AUGACAGAUUUUGUUAGUGGCAUUUGUCAAGCUCUAGGUAGAGAAUUAAAAGAUUUAAUAGAAACUGAAGAAGUUUUUAAAGUGAAGAAAUCAAGUUACAGCAAAAAGAUUGUAAAGCAGUUGAAGAAGGAGUACAAAGAAGAUCUUGAAAAAUCAAAAGUUAAAACAGAGGUCAAUUCUCCAACAGAUGUUGAACCACCACUAGAAAAGACAGGGCAGAUUAAGGAUAUAGGUCAAGAAGAUGGGACUGCGAACAGUGAGCAUGGUGAAGAAGAAAUGGAAGUUGAAAGUGAGAAGGAAGACGAGAAAACAAAAGCUGGUGGGGCUUUUUCAAGUGCUCUAUCAUCACUGAAUGUUCUCCGCCCAGGAGAAAUUCCAGAUGCUGCUUUUAUUCAUGCCGCUAGGAAAAAGCGUCAAAUGGCUCGUGAACUUGGAGACUUUACUCCUGUUGACAGUGAACCAGGUAAAAGCCGCCUUGUUCGAGAGGAUGAAAAUGAUGCCAGUGACGAUGAAGAUGAUGACGAGAAGAGGAGGAUAGUUUUUACAGUGAAGGAAAAAUCCCAAAGGCAAAAGAUUGCUGAGGAAAUAGGUAUUGAGGGAAGCGAUGAUGAAGCACUGGUGGCAGGGGAGCAAGAUGAAGAAAUCAGUAGAUGGGAGCAAGAACAGAUACGGAAAGGAAUCAACAUACCUCAGGUUCAACCAAGUCAGCCUGCUGAAGUGAAUAAUCUGUACUACCAGAACACUUACCAGACACUGUCUUAUGGUUCAUCGUAUGGCAUUCCAUACACUUAUGCUGCGUAUGGAUCAUCGGAAACCAAGUCUCAAAAAACAGAUAAUACAGUUCCUUUCAAAACUCCCAGUAAUGAGAUGACUCCUGUUACUAUUGAUUUGGUAAAGAAACAGCUUAAAGACAGGUUGGACUCUAUGAAAGAAUUGCACAAAGCUAAUCGGCAGGAGUAUGAGAAGCAUCAGCAAAGCCGAGAGGACUCUACCAAGGCAAUUGAAAGAUUAGAAGGGUCUUCUGGGGGUAUUGGUGAACAGUAUAAGUUUUUGCAAGAAAUGCGAGGGUAUGUCCAAGACUUGCUUGAGUGUUUCAGUGAAAAGGUGCCUCUGAUUAACGAACUUGAAUCUGCAAUGCACCAGCUGUACAAACAGCGAGCUUCCCGCCUUGUCCAAAGACGACAAGAUGAUAUUAAAGAUGAAUCUUCGGAGUUUUCAAGCCAUUCAAAUAAAGCACUGAUGGCACCAAAUCUUGAAUCUUUUGGGCGAGACAGAGUGAUCUAUCAAGAACAAGUCAAGCGUCGGACUGCAGAAAGAGAGGCCAGAAGAGCUCGUCGUAGACAAGCAAGAGAGCAGACUGGGAAAAUGGCAGAUCACCUUGAAGGCCUUUCCAGUGAUGAUGAGGAAACUUCAACGGAUAUUACAAACUUCAACCUGGAGCGAGAUCGUAUAUUGAAAGAAUCCAGCAAAGUUUUUGAAGAUGUUUUGGAAAGCUUUUACUCAAUUGAUUGUAUUAAGUCACAGUUUGAAGCUUGGCGCUCAAAGUAUUUUGCUUCUUAUAAGGAUGCUUACAUUGGCCUCUGUUUACCAAAGCUGUUUAACCCUCUAAUCAGACUUCAGCUGCUUAUCUGGACUCCUUUGGAGGGCAAGUGUCGAGAUUUUGAGACUAUGUUGUGGUUUGAAUCAUUGCUGUUUUAUGGCUGUGAAGAACAGGAGCAAGUGAAAGAUGAUGCUGAUAUUUCACUAUUGCCUACCAUUGUAGAGAGAGUUGUUCUUCCUAAAUUAACAGUGAUUUCUGAAAAUAUAUGGGAUCCUUUUUCUACAACACAAACAUCUAGAAUGGUAGCAAUUGUACAGAAACUAGUAGAUGGAUAUCCUUCAGUUGUGAAUGCAGAAAACAAAAAUACACAAAUGCUUUUAAAGGCAUUGUUGCUAAGAAUGAGGAGAACACUAGAUGAUGAUGUAUUCAUGCCCUUAUAUCCAAAAAACGUCUUAGAAAACAAGAACUCUGGUCCCUAUUUGUUUUUCCAACGUCAGUUUUGGUCCUCUGUUAAGUUAUUAGGAAACUUUCUCCAGUGGUAUGGAAUCCUUUCAAACAAAACUCUUCAGGAACUGUCAAUAGAUGGUCUGCUAAAUAGAUACAUUCUUAUGGCUUUUCAAAACUCUGAGUAUGGAGAGGACAGCAUUAAGAAAGCUCAAAGUGUGAUUGCUUGCUUUCCUAAACAGUGGUUCACUAAUCUAAAAGGAGACAAAACUAUUUCUCAGUUAGAAAACUUCUGUAGAUACCUUGUUCAUCUGGCUGAUACGAUUUAUAGAAACAGCAUUGGUUGCUCUGACGUAGAGAAGAGAAAUGCAAGGGAGCACAUAAAGCAGAUCAUAAAGCUUCUAGCAAGUAUCCGAGCAUUGGACCAUGCUGUGACAGUUGCAAAUGAUCACAACGUAAAAGAGUUAAAGAUUUUAAUAGAAGGAAAAUAGACUUUUCCGACAACUCGUUUUGAGCUUUAAAACCAUUCCUGAUGUGUAAUUUAUGUACAUAUGUAAAGUUUCUUAAACUGUAAAGUAUUGAUCUUUGUUUUAAUACAAAGUGCAUUCUUAUAUACAGCAUCCUUAAAAAAAAAAUUGAACUUCUUUGAAAACAAAAAUGAAAUCCCAAGGUUGUCACAUUUCCAGAAAUCAGAUUUUCCUUAAAGUUUCUCAAAAUCUUGUUUACAAAAAUACUUUGUACCCAUGAUCAGUAGUCAUCUGCUCUUGUUAAUUGUUCCAUGGUUAACUGGAAUGUGUAUAAUAUGUGUAAUACAAUGUAUGCAUAUAUUUAUAACACCAUGUUGCUUUCACACUGGAUAAAAGAUCUUUUACUGUUGGAAUAAGUUCUUCAUUUGCUAAAAAAAUACUUAUUUUGACAAUAAAAUGAUCAUAUUAUUGGUCAAAAGGGCUGGCAAGACAUUGAAAUAUGUGAAAAUCACUUGAGCUGGAGAGUAGAGAUACUUUCAAAUGGAACUUUACCUUUAAAAAGCAGCUGUGC